GAUUUGAGUCAAUCAAAAAGUGUAACUGGUAUGAUAGAUGAAAACAAAAGGACUCCAUUUAUGGCAGACGACUCGAUGGAUGAAUCAUCCUCUGUUCACGAUUUGUCCAUGAAGACUUUGUCAAAGAUGCGAACACAACGUGAGAACGGUAGGACGAAAGAGGGAGACUGCAACGGCAGAGAUUAUCACGGGACGUUGAAGGGAAUCUCCAACAGGUUUACAUACAGGGACAACCAUUUAACAAAAUAUGAUGCACCUCCAAAUAUCUGGACAGAGUAUGUGGCGGGUGGAAAAGACAAGGCAGGGAUUGAAAUUCAUAAAGACGAAAUGAGACUAAUUGAUGAGCCAAAGGAAAAACUCAUCAAAACGAUGUACGAAAAUCAUCACCGCGUUGCUUCGUGUUGCCGCAAAAAGUUUGACGAGGAAGGGAACCUUCUUGUGUGUACAUGUCCGCCUGGCAUCGACGUGAAAGGGGGUCACAUUCAAGGUACAAAAAGGGAAUCUCAUGACAGCUUCGAGAGUCAGCAUUCCAGAAAACGUCAACUAACGGACGUCCACCACGACAGGAUAGAUUCAAGUAAAGAAAUAGAUUUGGGGGAACCGUCAUGGGAAAGCUACACGGCGAGUUUUCUCGAAAAGACAGAAGAGCGCGUCCUGGAGAAACCUGGCAACGGCAAUGGACAUCAUCGCAGAGAAGACGGGGUGGAUAGCGUGACGUCAUCCAAUGAAAGCUCGCACGGUGCACACGGCAUGAAGAAGAGGCGGGUUCGCACGACAUUCACGACGGAGCAGCUGCACUCUUUGGAGGAAGUGUUUGCCAUGACGCAUUACCCGGACGCCAACACACGCGAGACCUUGGUGACGAGGAUUGGCCUCAACGAGGAGAGAGUUCAAGUAAGUAGCUGGGUGGAACCUUGGUUUGUGUGAGGGGGUUCAAUGGCAUGUGUUUGGAAGUAAGGACAAUCUCAGGGUCCAAGCCACGUCCCGCGGGCGAAAUCUGGUCCUCAAAAAGCUUAUACUAAAAGAAAUACUCCGGCAUUGGGCAACAUGUCAUUUCUAUACGUAUAAUAUAAGGUACUAAAACUAUUGGGGAAUUUUUUUUCUUGCAUCGAUUUACAAACAAUGGCAAAAAUUGAACAUGAGAAGUUUUAAAAAACUAACAAUUCUAUCUUAUUAAGACAACUAACAACUCUUUCUUAUUUCCUCGUAUUAUUUUUUGUUGAACUUUAUUUUAUAUUCUAAGCAUAUCACUAUACCAAAACAUACCUGUUCGACAUUUGUUAACAAUGGGAGCACAUCGUAUACCCAUAAGGGCAUACUCAGGUGCUUCUGAGCAUAACGAACAAAAAACAUAUAACGAACGACCCCAAGAGGCAGACCACGUUAGUAAAUCGAGAGCUGUAUGUCUAUGGUAAAGUUUCCAUUGAAAAAAACAAAAAACAAGAAUGCAAAACAACAUUUGUUAUAACUACACUUGACCGUUACACAUUCAAAAAUAUCGUAGUCAUAGUGACCAGAUAAAGCAAGUCCAGGUUCGCGGUCGUAUUUUCAUGUUUGAUUUUUUUUUCAUGACCAUUUUCAGAUCUGGUUUCAGAACAGAAGGGCCAAGUGGAGGAAACAUUCGCGUCUGCGAAAUUUUGGCGGCUUACAAGACCUGAGGGACGUCACGUAUGUGCCCGCGCCGAGACCUGUGCACAAGUUGGAGGGGGAAAUCCAUGUACGUAAUCAUAGUGAGGGAGGACUUUUUGGUUUUAAAAAGUAGUACCAGUUUCAAGGUUUGGGACGUAAAAAAAAGGGGAGGGGUGUGUGGGGUGUAAGGGCAUUCGAAGAAACCAAGCACGGUUUUUAAUUGUUGAAAUGGGAAGACAAUCCUGUGAAGACAAUCCUUAUUAACAGGCGCAAAAAUGUUUUUUUUUUUUUUUUUUUUUUUUUUUUUUUCUUUUGGCUUUUUUUGUUUCUUUUUGUUCAAUCCGAAAUUGACCACCUUGUUAUUUUCAGUUAAACACCAAUUUUGCAGUGAAGUGAAUUGGUUACAUUUGGAGCCUUUUGUUUGGUCUCUCACCCGCUGUCACUCAUAACUGUUUGAUGAGAUUUAUAGGGUCUGAUAACUAUUAAAUGUUUGAGUUUGAUGAGAUUUAUAGGGUCUGAUAACUAUUAAAUUUUUGAGUUAGAUGAGAUUUAUAUGGUCUGAUAACUAUUAAAUGUUUGACGAGAUUUAUAUGGUCUGAUAAUUAUUAAAUUUUUGAGUUUGAUGAAACUUAUAUGGUCUGAUAACUAUUAAAUGUUUGAGUUUGAUGAGAUUUAUAUGGUCUGAUAACUAUUAAAUUUUUGAGUUUGAUGAGAUUUAUAUGGUCUGAUAUUGAUAAUUAUUAAAUUUUUGAUGAGAUUUAUAUGGUCUGAUAACUAUUAAAUGUUCGAUGAGAUUUAUAUGGUCUGAUAACUAUUAAAUGUUUUAUGAGAUAACUAUUAAAUGUUUGAUGAGAUUCAUAUGGUCUGAUAACUAUUAAAUGUUUGAUGAGAUUUAUAUGGUCUGUAGUCUGAUAACUAUUAAAUGUUUGAUGAGAUUUAUAUGGUCUGAUAACAAUUGAACGCACGAUGCAACAGAGCUUUCAGUUUAAGAAAUGUAAUUUCCAUCUUCCUCGAAUGCUUCGUGAAGUGUUUGAAGAACCCUGUACCUGUAUAAACGUAAUGAUGAAACCAGAUUUUUUUUUUCCUCCCCCAGAAACAAUCAAGACACGAGGUCUUCAAAUCAUUAACAGCCCAAAACCCUCCAUACUUAAUGGACACCUUGCCAGAAGACCUGGGGCCCACUUCUCCUGCAUCGCAUCCUGCUUUUCACUCUCACUACCCUCCAUCUCUUCUGGGCCUACCGCCCGUAUUACUUCAGUACUACUCACCGUUAUUGUACCAGGCGAGCAUUUUCGGCCCUGCUUUGGCAGCUCACGACAGGGAAUACAGAAACAUUCUAGGUCAAGGUUCAGACCUGACUGGUCGCCUGAUGGGACGCUGGCAUGGUCACGCGCGAAUGGCCGAGGCGGACUUUGCGAGUAUCCCGUCUUCUUCUCCGCUUCGAACUAUCCCGAACAUCCCAAGAGAACUUCUGGAAUCUCAUUUAUUAAAAUCUGCCGCCAUGUUACAAAACAGCUACGCGUUUGCUCACCCUACGCCGUGGGCGAGAAGACCAUCGUCGGACGGCUUGAACGAGACAACGGAGGAAGGCGCCAGGGUGGAGGCCUUAAAGAGAGAAGAUUCGGGGAUGUCACAGCUGUCAGAAUGCGGAAAUAAUUAUGUGCCGUCCACAUACAACCCAUUCCACACUCGUUGCGGUGCUGAGGAUUCACCCACACCCCCCACAUCUCCGCGGUCAGACAGUUCGAGUCCGGGCAAAGACGGGAUGUCAGCUGGGGACGAUGAGCUUGCAGAGAAUGGCAGGUCUCCGGGACACCUACCCCCGGGUACGGGUACGUACUCCGUGAACUGAGCCACGUAAGCGUAUUGGACUGAUUCGAAAAACUAAUUUAUAACACCAAGCGCUGAGUUGUACUAAGUGCUUUAAGUUUAAGGCAUUCCGUAAAUAUGAGGGUUUCAAUUCUGCUACAUGCAUAACCCAUUUCAGUUACACAUUUAUUUGAUGACGAAUAUUUUAUUCAAGAAAAUAACAGAUUCCACUAAAAGAAUUGUAAACUUAAGAAAUGUUUUUAAUGGUAACCUUAAGAAAUGUUUUUAAUGGUAACCUUAAGAAAUGUUUUUAAUGGUAACCUCCAAAAUGUAAAGUCCUGUUACGGCAUCUACAACUUCUGGAAACUUCCUUGUUCUGAUGGAAUUGUACCGACGAAAGGAUGCUCCAUAAACCAUAUAUCAGACUACAGGCAAGCAGACACGUAUAUGAAAUAUUAAGAUUGGAAAUGCCCAGCCAUCUCUUCUCGUGUAAAAAAUGUUUUUGAAUUUCAUGUAAAUAAUUUAAUGACCAAGUAAGCAUAUGAUUGUUUUAAUGUCCUUUAAUGUGUUCCUUGGUUGAACAACAUGCUGUGCUCCGUGUGCACGGUAAUGUAAACAAGUUGAUGCACGCUUCAUCACUCGCUCGUCAUUCUUACACCCACCCAGCCGUCCAAGGACACGUUUGCUGGCCGUCCAUACCAGUUGUACAUUUUUGGGUAACAAUUGUAUUCUUGUUAAUUGCUUUAAUGUAUUAUUCUAGCAUUGUUAAUGAUAUACCAUACAUAAAUCACUUAUUAAUCAAAUUAGUUUUUGAGCUGCAGCAAAGAAUGACAAAUUGACAUGCUCUGGUCUCCCUUGUCUAGUUAAUGAUGGCCGUCUUUUCAAUCUCUAACGCUUGCUCGUCAUUCCUCACUAAUUAAAUGUAUAAAUAUAUUACUAUAAGAUUAAUGCAGGCAAAUGGAUAGCCCUGGGUAACAUAAAGACAAAUGGGUAGCCCUGGGUUAAAGACACAUGGGUAGCCCUGUGUUACAUAAAGACAAAUGUGCAGCCCUGAGUUACGUAAAGACAAAUGGGUAGUCCUGGG